AUGAAGAUUCUCUGCCUCCAUGGCGCCUACGGCAGCGCAAAGGCAUUCCGAACACAACUAGACCCCUUCGUCUCCAAGCUCGAAAAGGCUGGCGAUGUUAGCUUCAAAUUUGUCGACGGUCAAUUUCCAGUCAAUCCCCCUGAAGGUUUUGGGGAUUAUUUUGGUCCGCCGCCCUACUAUCGCAACAUUGACUUUGACGGUGUUGACGGGCUUGCCAGGCUUGUCAACACCUUGCGCGCCAAUACAGAGGGAGAAUCAUAUGAGGACACUUUGAGGGCCCUUCUGAAAGGCGACGGUGCCAUACCUGGGGAGGAAACGAUUGCCAAGACAUUUGACCGCAUCACGCAGUAUCUCGACGAAGAUGCAGAAAUCGAUGGAAUUCUGGGAUACUCAGAAGGAGCCACCGCCGCGGCUUCGUACAUCUUUCACGAAGCCCAACAAGAGGAAGAACAUGGUACGCCGCGCAGGAUCAAGUAUGGAAUAUUUUUUGCCGGUUGGCCGCCUAGCAAAGUCGAAGAUGGCAAAGUCAAGGCCGUGUUGGCUGACGAAUGCGAAGACAUGAUUGACGUGCCGACAUGUCACAUUGUCGGCAGCUUGGACCCGUACCUAUACGGCGCCAUGUCUCUCUAUGGUGUUUGUAACGAAGACAAUGCUACACUAUUUGAUCACGGAAAGGGCCACACAGUUCCCCGUGACAAUACGACUAUUGAGGAGCUGGUUGCGUCAAUUCGCAAGACAAUAGCGGACGCAGGAUUGUAA